CAAUCAAAACCUUCCAUCAUCUUCCUCUUCUCAAUAUCUGAUUUUUUUUCUUGGUAUGAACAUGAAAGAAGAACAGUAAACCCUAAGACACACCACCACCACCACCACCACCAUGUAUCACCACCACCACCAGAACGGUUCCUUGGAGCGCAGAGCUCAAGCUUCAAACGGAGACAUUGCUACUAACAAUGGCACUAAUGCUGUACUCGGUGCUUCCAAUUCCAAUUCCAAUUCCAUUACCAGACUUCUUGGAAACCCUAGAAUUGAUCACAUACCUGAUAAUUAUGAAGACCUUCCUUUGGAUUUCAACCCUCUUGUUUUCACUUCACUCGAAAGACACCUUCCUUCUCAUAUUCUUACCCUUUCCAGAGACCUCAAAGCUCACUACAUGUCUAAUAUUCUACUCCGUUAUUUGCCUCACAGUGAACGCAUUAGGAUGCAAAAACAGAGGGAAUACAGGCUAAGGAUCAUAUUAAACUAUCCUCCGCUUCAUAAGGAGAUAUAUACUAAGCUCAGUGAAAACUUUUUUGCACCCUCAUUUCUCAGAGCUAUUAAAGAUAAUACAGAAGCGAGUUUCAGAAGUAUAAUGGCAGAACCCUCCCGAGGAAUUUACACGUUUGAAAUAUUUCAACCAUAUUUUUGUGAAAUGUUGAUAUCAGAGGUAGAUCAUUUUGAAAGAUGGGUCAACGAGACCAAAGUCAGAAUCAUGCGACCUAAUACAAUGAAUCAAUAUGGUGCUGUUCUUGAUGAUUUUGGCCUAGAAUCCAUGCUUGAUAAAUUGAUGAAUGAUUUCAUACGUCCUAUAGCCCGAGUUUUCUUUUCUGAAAUCGGUGGAUCCACACUGGACUCUCAUCAUGGUUUUGCUGUUGAAUAUGGAGCCAAUAGAGAUGUGGAACUUGGGUUCCACGUGGAUGAUGCAGAAGUCACCUUAAAUAUUUGCCUGGGAACACAAUUUUCAGGCGGUGAACUGUUCUUCCGAGGUGUUCGAUGUGAUGAACACGUGAAUACAGAGACCCAAUCAGGGGAGAUAUUCGAUUAUCAUCAUGUUCCAGGACAUGCAGUCCUUCAUUCUGGUCGCCACCGUCAUGGUGCUAGACCUACAAUAUCUGGGAAUCGGAUCAACUUAAUUCUAUGGUGUAGAAGUUCGGCGUUUAGAGAGAUCAAGAAAUACAAGAGAGAAUUUCCUAGCUGGUGUGGAGAAUGCAAACGCAAGAAGAAGGAAAGAGAGCGUAUAUCAGUUGCUGCCACCAAAGCGGAAUUACUGAAGAGGGAGCUUAAAUCCGCCUCAUGAAUUAGCACCAGCUCAUGCAAAUGGUACUUGGUAGCGUCAAAUUGACAUUUUGAAACUUUUUUUGGAUUCAGGUGUAUUCUUAGUGUAACGAUAAUGUGAUUUUAUUUAAAAGUAAUGUAAGCAUACAUUUCAUUUUUUGAUUGGAAGCUAAUCUUUCCUACAUUAUAAAUAAAUAAAUUAUGGGA